GGCGUUUUAGGUUAUGUCAACAUCAAAAGGUAUGAAAACAUGUUAUUUUUUUAAAAACGUCAAAUUCAAGUAAAUUAAAAUGGCAAAACAAUACAAAUAUUUACAUCCAUUGAAAUAUCAUAGAGAUUAUGUGGCACAUGGUGUUCGGCCGGAUGGAAGGGAAUUUAAUAAAUUCCGACCGGUUAUAAUAAAUGCUAGUUCAAUUUCGACUGCGGAUGGUUCGGCAAUAGCGAAAGUGGGGAGAACAACCGUCGUUUGUGGGAUAAAAGCGGAAUUAUGUCAACCGAAAGCUGAAAAUCCCGACCAAGGGUUUUUAAUUCCCAACGUUGAAUUACCCCCGUUAUGUUCGCCCAAUUAUAAACCCGGUCCUCCGAGUGAUCAAGCACAAGUAACUACAAAAGCAAUAGCUGAUGUGAUUGAAAAUUCUGGGUGUAUAAGCUUAAAAAGUUUAUGUAUAUGCAAAGAAAAAUUGGCGUGGUGUUUAUAUGCUGAUAUGAUUUGUAUCGAUCAUGAUGGAGCUGUUAUAGACGCUUGUUUAAUCGCAUUAUUGACUGCUUUAAAAACUGUUAAACUUCCAAGCGUUGAUUAUAACCCAGCAAUUGAUAAUAAAUUAGUUAAUACUGAUGAAAUGAAACCUCUAAGUAUUAAUAACACACCGGUUUCAACUACAUUUGCUAUUUUUGAUGAUUGUGAAAUUUUAACGGAUCCAACUCACGAAGAAGAAAAUGUAUCAACCGGGAUAAUAACAAUAGUUAUA